GGUAUGUCACAUAUUGCUGGUGCAGCGCGAGACCAGUUAGAGCACGAAUUGCCUGCUGAUUAUGUGAAAGUUCCCACCUGGAAGGACAAAAUAGAGCAGCAAAAGCCACAUAUAGAUUACAGCGAAGUAUUUGAUGAGGAUGUUGGACAAGAUGAGGGGAUGUGGGUUUGGGAAAUUGAAAAUUUCUAUCCUAGCAUAUUGGACGCAUCGAUGCAUGGCCAUUUUUAUGACGCCGAUUGCUACCUCAUUCUACGCACUGCAAGAGAAGAAUCUGGCGCUUUGAAGCAUUCAAUCUUUUAUUGGAUUGGAGAAAAUUCAUCGCUAGAUAAAGGAAUGUGCGCAGCUGUUCAUGCCGUUAACUUACGAAACCAUUUAGGCGCUACUUGUAGAACUGAACGAGAAGAAAUGAAUGAUGAAUCUGAUGACUUUUUGGAAUUAUUUGGAGAAGAAAUUACCUAUAUUGAGGGAGCGCGAACAGCUUCUGGUUUUUAUACUGUGGAAAAAACGGUGCAUGUUACACGUCUUUAUCGUGCUUCUGUAGCGGGGAAUACAAUUGAAAUGGAGCCAGUUCCAGUAUCUCCAGAUAGUUUAGACCCACGAUAUGUGUUCUUACUUGAUGCUGGUGAGACGAUUUGGAUUUGGAGUGGACGAAAAGCAAGAAUAACCAUAUCGAACAAAGUUCGUUUAUUUGCUGUAAAAAUGAAUAAGAAAGAUAGAAAAGGUAGAUCAGAGAUCGAGUCAUGCGCAGAACAACGCACACCGGAAGCGUUUUGGAUGGCUUUAUAUGGGCAACCUAAUAAACCGGAAGAUCCAAUAGUAGAACAUGUGGAUGCUGAUUUUGUUCCUGAAAGGAAACGUUUGUAUAAAGUGCAAAUUGGUAUGGGAUUCUUAGAACUACCUCAAAUAGAGCUUAAACAUAGUAUCCUGAAGCAGGAUGUGCUAGACACGAAAUGUGCGUAUAUUCUGGACUGUACAUCGGAUAUAUUUUUGUGGGUGGGUAGGAAAGCAAAUCGAUUAGUGAAAAUGGCAGGACAGGAUACCAUUUAUAAUUUUAAAAAAUUGAAGAAAAUGGUGGUAGAAUUGCAUGCAGUGUUGGAACGGCCAAAUUACACAAUAAUUUCACGUGAAACAGAAGGCGAAGAAUCGACGAUGUUUAGAUCAAAAUUUCAAGGUUGGGAUGAUAUCAUACCAUUUGAUUUUACGAGAACUGCAGAUAGCGUUCAAAGAAGAGGAGCGGAUUUAAAAAUCAUUAUGGAACGUGAUAAGAUAAAAACUGAUUUGGCUCCACUAUUCUUGCCAAGACAAUCAGCCAUGAGUGAAGAAGAAGCUAAUCAAAUGAUGGAGGAAUGUAAUGAAGAUCUUGAACUUCUUGAACCUUUUGUUCUAGAAGGAAAGAAGUUUGUCCGAUUACCGCAGGAGGAAUUGGGUACCUUUUACACUAUGGAUUGUUAUGUAUUUCUUUGUCGAUACGAAGUGAUAUCGGAAGAUGAUGAAACAGAUUUGGACGAAGAAGAAAUAGAAUUGAGUGAUGAGAAAAAUGAUAUUGUUGGUGACAGUAGUGAUACAAUACAAAUAUUUAAACGCAAGGAACCAGAAGAAGUGCAAGAAGAUUUCAAAUGUGUGGUAUAUUUUUGGCAGGGGCGUGAUGCAAAUAAUAUGGGCUGGCUUCAUUUUACAUUCAGUUUACAGAAAAAAUUUGAAAGUCUUUUUAAAGAUAAGCUGGAAGUUGUUCGCAUGUAUCAGCAGCAGGAGAAUCAUAAAUUCCUUUCGCAUUUCCAUAAAAAAUUUGUUAUUCGACGCGGUCGACGAGGUUUGACGAUGAAUCUUGGAGGACAUUGGCCGGAAUUAUUUUUAAUGCGUGCUAACGGUUCUGCAAUAUGUACACGAACAAUUCAAGUCGAUUGUCGAGCGAAUCAGCUCAAUUCAGCUUUUUGUUGUAUUCUUCGUGCUCCGUUCAAAACAGCUGAUGAGAAUGGAGUGGGGGGUAAAAUAUUCGUUUGGUACGGCAGUAAGAGUAAUCCAAAUCAUCAUGAUCUUUGUUUACAGGUAGCAAAUGAGUUAAUAAAUCGGAACAAUGAAUUUCCGGUUGAAAUUGUGAGGGAAAAUGAAGAGCCGGAGAAAUUUUGGGAGUGCCUUGGGGGUAAGAAAAAGUAUGAUACCAACGGUGACUUUUUAAAUUUUACAAGGCUGUUCCGUUGUACAAACGAGAAAGGAUAUUUCGUGGUGUCUGAAAAAACUGUUGACUUCUGUCAGGACGACCUGGAUGACGAUGACAUCAUGAUUUUGGACAAUGGAGAUUUGGUCUUCUUAUGGAUGGGAUAUCACGCCAGCGAAGUAGAACUUAAACUGGCUUAUAAAGCUGCUCAAGUUUACGUCGCACACAUGAAAAUCAAAGAGCCUGAAAGGCCGCGAAAAUUGGUGCUAAGCUUGAAGGGUCGAGAAUCCCGACGGUUUACAAAAUGCUUUCACGCUUGGGGGAAGCAUAAAAUUCCAGCUGGAGACGAAGUUUGA